CCGCGCGCGCCCCGGGCCCCGGGCCCCGGCCCCGAGAACCGCCGCCUGCCUCGUCCUCCUCCUUCUCCGCUCCGGGCCCGGGACAUGCGGCCUCGCCUCCCCCCGCCGCCGCCGCCACCGCCGCCGCCGAGGAGCCCGAGCCGGGGGAGAUGAGGCUCCGCCAUGGCACCUUCCUGACGCUGCUGCUCGGCUGCCUGUGCGCCUUCCUCUCGCUCUCUUGGUACGCGGCGCUAAGCGGCCAGAAAGGUGACUCGGCAGAGGUGUAUCAGCGGGAGUUCUUGGCCCUCCGUGACCGCCUGCACGCUGCAGAACAAGAGAGCCUGAAGCGCUCCAAGGAGUUGAACCUGGUGCUGGAUGAGAUCAAGCGGGCUGUGUCGGAGAAGCAGGCCCUGCGGGACGUGGACGGCAACCGGACCUGGGGCCACCUGUCUGAGGACACCAGGCUGAAGCUGUGGAAUGUCACCCACAAGCAUGUGAUGCACCUGCCCACCGUCUUCCACCACCUGCCUCACCUGCUGUCCAAGGAAAGCAGCCUCCAGCCAGCCCUACACGUGGGCCAGGGCCGAACUGGAGUGUCCAUUGUGAUGGGCAUCCCGAGUGUUCGGCGGGAGGUGCACUCGUACCUGACGGACACACUGCACUCACUCAUCUCGGAGCUUAGCGCCCAGGAGAAGGAGGACACGGUCAUUGUGGUGCUCAUUGCUGAGACAGAUACCCAGUACACGAUGGGGGUGACUGAGAACAUCAAGGCCUUGUUCCCCACCGAAAUCCAUUCUGGUCUCCUAGAAGUCAUCUCCCCCUCGCCUCACUUUUAUCCUGACUUUUCUCGACUCCGAGAGUCCUUUGGAGACCCCAAGGAAAGAGUCAGGUGGAGAACCAAGCAGAACCUGGACUACUGUUUCUUGAUGAUGUACGCACAGGCCAAGGGCAUGUACUAUGUCCAGUUGGAGGAUGACAUUGUGGCCAAACCCAACUACCUGAGCACCAUGAAGAAUUUUGCUCUCCAGCAACCCUCCGAGGAGUGGAUGAUCCUGGAAUUCUCCCAGCUUGGUUUCAUUGGUAGGAAGAUGUUCAAGUCUCUGGACCUGAGCCUCAUUGUGGAGUUCAUCCUCAUGUUCUACCGGGACAAGCCGAUCGACUGGCUUCUGGACCACAUCCUGUGGGUGAAGGUCUGCAACCCAGAGAAGGAUGCGAAGCACUGUGAUCGACAGAAGGCCAACCUUCGGAUACGCUUCAAACCCUCGCUUUUCCAACAUGUGGGCACCCACUCCUCCCUGGCUGGGAAGAUCCAGAAACUCAAGGACAAGGAUUUUGGUAAACACGCCCUGAGAAAGGAGCACAUGAACCCCCCUGCUGAGGUCAGCACUAGCCUCAAGACAUACCAGCAUUUCACCCUGGAGAAGGCCUAUCUGCGGGAAGACUUCUUCUGGGCCUUCACCCCCAUAGCUGGAGACUUCAUCCGCUUCAGAUUCUUCCAGCCCCUGCGCCUCGAGCGGUUUUUCUUCCGAAGUGGAAACAUUGAGCACCCAGAGGACAAGCUGUUCAACACUACGGUGGAGGUGCUGCCCUUUGACAACCCACAGUCGGACAAGGAGGCCCUGCAGGAGGGCCGAGGGGCCGCGCUCAGGUAUCCCAGGACCCCAGAUGGCUACCUCCAGAUCGGUUCCUUCUCCAAGGGUGUGGCUGAGGGUGAGGUGGACCCAGCCUUCGGGCCCCUGGAAGCUGUCCGGUUGUCAAUCCAGACCGACUCCCCCGUGUGGGUCAUUCUGAGUGAGAUUUUCCUGAAAAAGGCUGACUAAGCAUUGGAUGGAGGAGGGAGCGGAGCUUUCAGGCUGCAAAGCCCCAACCCGCCUCAGUGUCUCCCCCGUCACCCUGUGGGGAGCCUGUGCCCUUGCUCCAGAGCCUAGCAGGGUACAAGAUCUGGAGGUGACAGGACCAAAGACAGCCCUUGGGGCAAAGGGGAGCGCUGGGGAGGUCUCCAGGGGGCCUCCCUUCUACAGUAAAAUGGAACUAAGGGCCCCGAAGCACAUACAGGGCUGGUGAGAGUAAAGGGUCCUGGAGGGGGGACGAGCCCCACGGCCCUGAGGCCAUCCUUGGCCUUCACUCUGCUCCACCUUCCCCACUGCCCACCAGCCUGAUGUGGGCAGGCCCCACGGGGGUCUCCAGGCCUAGGGAGCUGGUGCUAUCUCCUCGGGCUGGGCUGGGCCUGGCUGGGCCGGAUGGACGGGUGGGGUCCUGGGAUAGUUCAUCCCUUCCUCAUGAUGGGGCCAAGGAGCUGGGGGUCAGGGUGCCUGGGUCCCCUGGCCGGAUGUGAUAAAGGGCAGGGACCCCGGGGGACAGGCCUUGCCUAAGGGGCUGCCCAGCCCUGGCCCUGGCUGUGCGCCGGCAAGAUCGGGGGCCUCUCCGGGCUUAGGCGGCCGUACACUGGAAUGCAUCAUACUACUCUAAUGUGCUGUGUUUUUUAUUAUUGGAUACAUUUGAUUUUUUUCACGUAUGUCGAUAUAUAAUUAUAUAAAACGUGAAUUGUAAUAAAAGUUUAAUUCCGUUUCAAA